AUGAACAACUCCACGACAAAUCUUCAAAUCGGCCAAUCAGAGUGUUUUUCUGCUGUCCCUUCUACUGUCUUCACAGUCGCUCUUUCAUUGAUCACUAUUACAGCAGUUGCAGGAAACUUCCUCCUGAUUGCAGCCUUCCUCAGAACUUCAAACCUAAAAACAAGCUCUAAUUGGUACAUUAUCAACAUGGCCAUUUCGGAUGUGGUAAGCGUGCUCCUUAAUUGGCCGCUCUAUGUCACAGAAGGGAUGUUAAAGCCUGGAGGAAGCUUAAUUACUAAUCAAGCAAUCGCUACCUUUUUCUGCAAGUUGGGGAUUUAUUCUAGAGCUGUAUUGUACGUGGUGUCGAUUGAGAGCUUGGUGUUAAUAUCUUUGGAUAGAUUCAUUGCAAUUGUGUUUCCACUGAAGGCCAUAAAGAUCACUACCAGGGUUCGGAGAAUUCUUCUUCUUUUGAGCUGGCUUUUUCCUGUGUUAGGUGCCAUACCGUACUUUUAUCAUUCUAAAAUCGUACUCGAGGGGAGACAAACAUUUUGUACAAACUUUAUGAGCAUGUUACUUUUUAAAGUGUAUAAUUUCAUAAGUUUCAUUUUAUUAUAUUUUAUACCUCUGGUUGUACUAUUAGUUGUUCAUUCUAUUGGUUUUAAGCAUCUAAAGAGGCGACUUGUGUUUCAAAUCAGCAGUAACGAAGGCAACACACGUACACGGAGAUCCAAAGAAAACCAGAACAUUUUGAAAAUCUUUCGAGCGGUGACUUUGGGAUUUUUCAUGUGCUGGACGCCUCUUUAUAUUUAUUUGAUUCUAAAAUCAUCACAUCCAACAAUUUUUUUGGAUGACAAAUGUCUUCUAUUUAUUGGUUUGUUAUACUAUACAUUUCCGUUGAUCAGUACAGCCAUCAACCCAUUUAUUCUGAUAACACUUAGUUCUAAUUAUCGUGCAGCCGUUAAAGACCUGCUCGCUAAAUGUUUCGCUGUCUUUAUGUGUCGCAUCAACAAGACUCAUACUACAGAACAAGUUAUAGACCUUCGAUGAUAGAUAAAUAUAAAUUAGAAGGUAAUUUGUUGCGUUCUUGAACGUUAAAGGUUUUGUUAAGUAAACGAUAAUAGCAUUAAUGAUAAAAUAGCAGACAUGUUUUGCGCCUGGGAGCUUCGUUAUUAACUUGGAGCUCGUGUGCACGAGCGAAUCCCUAUACUUAAGAACAUUUGGUCACGGCCGAAACUAAAAUUAUCAUAAAUAGGCGAUGCAUUAUGUUAAAUAAAGCGUAGGAUAUCAAACAAAUAGCUGACUAUCUUGUUAUUUUUUAAUAAAAACUCGCACGUGUAUUCUUAAAUAGCGCAAGUAAGCAUUUAGUUAAAGAAGGUGAAAGGAUGGAGGCCGCCAUGGUGUUUUCAACAACCUCUUAGGAACAAGUACGAACGUUUGAACAAUAAAAUUUACGCUGCAAUAUAUGUUGGAUAUUAUUCAAGAGUUAAAAGGGGAAAUUGCCGUUCUGAGAGAGAAAGUUAAAAGUUUGGAAGAAACCAUUGAGAAGUUGGCCUUGAAGGCGAACGAGAACGAGCAGUAUUCUCGUCGCCAAAAUGUGAGAGUUACUGGUUUUGCAGAGGGAAAGACGAAAAUUGUGCUACUAAAUUUGUAUCACUUUGCAGGGAAAAAUUGGUUUGGAAGUCAGCGAUGA